UCGAGGCGAAUAAGAAGCUUUCAGUGACCGUCCAAUUAACCAACGGUUACCCUCGCGAGGUCCUUAUCCUUGUGGAGCCUGGGUCAGUGCGACGCUACGCGGUGGUGGAAGGGCUGAAGCACAUUGUGCCGACCGGAGGAUCCAUCACACUCACAAUGCUGUGCUCUCCCCUGCCAGCCAUGCCCAUCUUCCCUGACCAAUUCCGUGUAACCACCUACAGAGCUGGUUACCACUCCUCAGACGCCCUAUCGAUCUGCAGUCCGCACUCAUCCCUUGAGAUUGUGAGUGCAACCAAUCUGCCUGUGCUGUUCGCCUGCAAGUCUGCCAGCACGAGGGGAGUAGCGUCUCCAGGAAUGGGUGAGAAGCAGGGGAUAGCAGCAGCGCAUGCAGCACGAGAAGGGAUUGGGGUGAGGUGGACAGUGAUGAGAGAUAAGCUAGGGAGGCUGCAGCAGGAGAGGAUGGGGGAGGGGCAGGAGGAGGAGAAGGUGAGGGGGGAGGAGGGGCAGGUGGAGCUAGGAGAGGUAGACAGGCGAAUCAUUCUAUCCAAGGGUGGUGUAGCAGCGAAGGAAAUGGCCCAGAUGAAAAUACCCUCCUUCCCCAACCCCCCGCUUUCCUCCCCAAAGCAGCUGUGGGAGAGAUUCCUCAAGUCCACUCGUGCGGACUUUUCGGGACUGCAGAGGCACGUGGUGGACGUGGGCAUGCAGAUGGAGCAAUUGCGGGAGGAGAACCAGAGGCUCAGGGAGGCGCUGCAUCAACAGCAGCAGCAGGUAUGGGAGACAGAGGGGGGCAGGCUACAGGGCACUCGGGAGAACCGGGAGCUGCGGGAGAGGGUGGAGGAGAGGGAGAGGGCUGUGAGGGCGGCUCAGAGCACUUCGGACGCUCUCGCCAGUGAGCUGGCAGCAGCACAGUCCCAGUUGUCAGCAGCGCAGCAGCAGGCGCAGGGGGAGAGGGAGGGGCGGCAGAGGCUGGCAGGGGAGCUGGAAUCCAUGCAGGCGCUGCUGCUGCAGCAGAUGGAGAUGGUGGCGGAACAGAAGGAGCUCAUUGGAAGGCUCCUCGAGCGACAGCAGCAGCAGGCUGACGUUUUAGAGCCAGGAGGGUCAGGGACUGUGGGCCCAGGGUCAGGGGAAUCAGGGGCAGGGGAAUCAGGGAUAGGGGAAUCAGGGGCAAGGGAAUCAGAGGCAGGGGAAUCAGGGAUAGGGGAAUCAGGGAUAGGGGAAUCAGGGAUAGGGGAAUCAGGGAUAGGGGAAUCAGGGAUAGGGGAAUCAGGGAUAGGGGAAUCAGGGGCAGGGGAAUCAGAGGCAGGGGAAUCAGGGAUAGGGGAAUCAGGGAUAGGGGAAUCAGGGAUAGGGGAAUCAGGGAUAGGGGAAUCAGGGAUAGGGGAAUCAGGGAUAGGGGAAUCAGGGGCAGGGGAAUCAGAGGCAAGGGGAUUAGGGGCAGGGGGUUCAGAGUUAGUGGGGUCACAAAUAGGGGGUUCAGAGUUAGUGGGGUCACAAAUAGGGGGUUCAGAGUUAGUGGGGUCACAAAUAGGGGGUUCAGAGUUAGUGGGGUCACAAAUAGGGGGUUCAGAAGCAGUGGGGUCACAAAUAGGGGGUUCAGAAGCAGUGGGGUCACAAAUAGGGGGUUCAGAAGCAGUGGGGUUAGGGAGAGAGGUUGAGGAUUGCGAGAGUAGAAGCAAGGGCGAUGGGGAUGGGAGGAAGCGAAAGGAUAAGAAGGAGAAGAGGGAGAGGAAGGAACGGAAGGAGAGAGAGAAGCAGGAGAGAAAGGAGAGGGAAAAACGGGAGGAGCGGGAGAAAGGGGAUGAUAGGGAGGAGAGGGAGGAUAGGGAGGAGAGGGAUGAGAAGGAGGGGAGGGAUGAGAAGGAGGGGAGGGAGCAGGAGCAGACGGAUUGCCUAGACAGGGAAGGUGCUAGAAGGGCAGAAUUGGAAGGAGUUCUGAGGAGUGCAGAUGGCAAAGACGAAGGCAACAGGUGUGCUGAAUCAUGUGGUGCGGACUGUGGUGAGGGAGAGCGAAGCAGAGGCGGAGCAGAAGAGGCAGCCUCAGCUGUGGGGAGAAGGGAGGGAGAGCACAGAGAUCCUCGGGAUAAUGAGGUUCGGAGAAUUCUGGAAGGCAGGGCGGAUGGAGAUGUGGCAGGCGGGGGAAGGGAUGGGGAAGCCGGUGACAACAACAAACGGGUGAGUGGGCCUGCAAUCGCCAAGUGA